GAAGAAUCGGGCCGAGUACGAGAAACUGACGGAACCGCGGUUACUAUCGACGACGCCGACGUAGAAGUAGCGAGCCCGUCGCGUCGUCCGUCACGACGUGACCGGUCCGUUCGCAGAAGACCAUGGCGGACAUGUCGGCGUCUCCAACAGUCAAGUCCUUCUGCAUCGAGGCCCUCCUGGCCCGAGACAGCGCGACGCCGGUAUCCAAGUCUCCAGGAAGCUGUUCCGAAGGAGAACCCGGCUGCAGUCCUCCGCCCCCGGUGUCUGUGGCGGCUGUGGUGGCCUCUCAGGCUGGUAGGCUCUUGGGAGCGUUUCCCGGCUAUCCCGCUGCGGUGUUUGCCACCGCUGGAGGGCAUCCGCUGUACGGGCUCCCCGCCGGCGCCUUGCCGGGUGUCUUGCCCGGCCUGCUGCCUGGCAGCGCGUUCCAUCCGACGUUGUCUGAGCACGGCAUCAAGCCUCACGUGUCCCUGGACUGGCUAGCCCGGUCUGCAGGAUUCUACCAGAGGCCUGGAGACGUGACAGGUCAACCUCAGGCCGCAUUGCUGGGCAAGACACGGCGACCACGAACGGCGUUCACGAGUCAGCAGCUUCUGGAACUGGAGAACCAGUUCCGUAUGAACAAGUACCUGUCCAGGCCCAAGAGGUUCGAAGUGGCCACCAAUCUCAUGCUCACCGAGACGCAGGUGAAGAUCUGGUUCCAAAACAGGCGGAUGAAGUGGAAGCGCAGCAAAAAAGCCCAGCAGGAAGCCAAAGCCCGGUCUGCGGACAAGAACGCCGACCAGUGCCAACCGCAGCACACGCAGCAGACCCAGUCCCAGUCGUCCCUGCCGUCCUCCCAGCCCCAGACGACGACGCCCAGUCGCCAUCCUCCUCACCAUCGACCGCCCAGCAUGAUCGUGUCCAGCUCGGAAUAUCCGGACUCGCCAACGUCCAGAGACCUGCAACUACGACUGCCGCCGACAGACACCGAGAGCAUGUCGUCACGUGGCAACAGCGACGGUGAACCCGACAUGGUUCUCAGUUCCGGUGUAGACUCUACCAACAUGGCGCUGUCCCUGUGUUCGCCGCAAGGGGCUCACCAUCACCGAAACGCUGAUCUCAUCUACCGACCGUACGUCGUGUGACACGUCGUCCUCCUCGCCGCCGUUGGUAGGUAGAAACAUCCGCCAGAAGACGUCAUCACCACGGGCAUCGAGUCGUCCUAAGACACCUCACUGAACAGUGACCAUUUACAAGUUCCUGCCAAUCCUGCUAGUCGCAAUUCGUCGAGCACCGAUGAUCUCAAGAUGUGGGUUUGAAGAUGAAAUGUUUCUUAUUACGUGACAUCACGUGAACACCUGACACAAAGAAAAUCAAUGACAACCAGAGGAGCUCAUGUGAUGAACUUGGCAUGACGUUCGUCCUUCCUGGUUCUCUGUGCGCAUCGUUGGUUUCAACGUCUCCGGCACUUGGACAUGGUGCAUGUGUAUGACUUUAGAAACUUCUGGUGGUGUGGUGCGAUUCUAGUCAGCAAGAUCAGAGGCAACAAGAUGAGCGACGGGCCUGUUCCAUCUGGAAUCCUGGGGCAUCGAUGGCGUCUUUUGAGUAUUCAUCAUCAGGGUAUGCGACACGCAACAAAGAAGACUUGUUGGGCCCUUCGAUUUUCAUCAUCGUGAGUGCUGCGCGCCGCGCUGACGAAAACGACAAGCCUUUCGCCAUUUCUUUUCCUACCUAAAGUCGGGUCCUGCAAAUGUUCAGUUGCCACCGGUGGAAUGCAAGUGCCCUCAAAUGCAUUUAGAGCUUCUGGCCAUUCACUCAGGCUUGAGUGGAACUCAGUUUUUCGACUACAUCAUAGGCUGUGUCGUGAAGUUAGUUAUUUAUUAUAUGAGUUCUUAUUGAAGCUUAGGAGCAAAUCACGUAUGCAUUCCUGGAUGACGGAAGGUACACAAGUUAGAAUAAAAGCUUCGCUAUGCUAUAACACACCAGCAUGUGCAAUACAUAUAGGCCGCGUACCAGAUUUGGGGGAUAAAUUCAGCACAACGUACAAUACGCUAAGACAAAACAUACAAAAGUGAUCGAUUCCCAUAAAAGAUGUCAGACGUACCUCAAGUUGUGUUAUAUUAAACCAGUAUGGGCAGUUCUUAAAGAUUUUAUUUUAGAGAUCUUUUAGAACACAUUGAAAUGUUCAAAACGAGCACGAUCAGCUGUAAACUUGCGAGUUCCAAGUGACCUUUCAUGCAGACGUCUACUGACGCCAAGAUGAUUUAUGUGGACUGUCUAUGUGACGCAUGCGCUAAGGCAACCAGUUUCAAAUGACUCAUUAGCAUCGACAUCAUCGCAUACCUCAAACUGUACAUAGUUGUUCAUUAAAUGUUCUUCUAGAGGUA